AUGGGCAGAUGGAGUGUGUUAGGUAAUCCAGACCACGAAAAGGCGGGGGGGCGGCUGCCUCUUGUCACCGAUGAUUAUAUGCGUGAUGGGCAGACGCGGGAGCUGCGGAUGAAACCCCCCGUCGCCGACGAGGACGGGGCGGAGGAAGUUUUGGCAGCGGACGAAAAGGCCGCCACUGAGGCCACCAACGAGCUGGACGUUGAAGAGGAGUAUCCGGAUGGGGGGUACCGUGCGUGGCUGACGGUGCUGGGCUCUUUCGUGGGUAUAUUCCCGAUAUGGGGGACGGCGAAUGCCCUGGGCGCGUAUGAGGGUUACAUCUCGAACCACCAACUGGCGUCUUCGGGCGCAGGAGAGGUGUCAUGGAUAUUUGCGCUGCAUAUGAUUGCCUGCUUCGUCGGGUGUGUUUUUAGUGGGAGCUAUUUCGACCGCAACGGCGGACAGAAGGCUAUUAUUGUCGGGAGCGUACUUUACGUAUUCGGCAUUUUCAUGAUGUCCGAGUGCACUAAACUAUGGCACUUUAUCCUUGCAUUCUCGCUCUCGAGUGGCGUUGGCGCAGGAAUCCUAACUACGCCACUCAUCUCCUGCGUUGCGACUUGGUUCAAUAGGCGGAGAGCUGUUGCCACUAGUCUUGCUACGUGCGGCGGCUCAAUUGGCGGAAUCGUCAUCCCUCUCAUCCUUCGGAGAAUGUACGUCACCAUCGGGUACAAAUGGGCACUCAAAGUUCUGGCCCUGGUCUUUCUUGUAUCCCUAACGUUUGCUGCAUUCCUCGCACGUGAGCGCGUAACCCCACGUCCAAAGCCCUUCCGCAGUCAUCGCGAUACGAUACGCUUUUACCUCUCGACGUCAUUUAACUGGCGCUACUUCUUCGACAAGCGCUUUCUCUGGUGCACCCUGGCCUUUGCAUUCGCCGAAAAUGCAAUAUGUGCCAUUGCGACCUACCUCUCCUCCUACAUAAUUACACGCGGCUUCCCGCCCUCCAUGCCUUACAACGCCCUCACUGUGGUCAACGCUGCGGGAAUACUUGGAAGGUAUAUCCCUGCAUACCUAGCCGACAGGUACUUUGGCAGAUUUAACGUGGUAAUAGUGAUGGUAUUGGCUGCCGUCAUUGUCAACAUGGCCAUGCUGUUGCCUUUCGGAGGUAACAUCACCGUCGUUUGGGUUUUCCUCUGUCUCUACGGCUUCCUGACGGGGUCCAUCUUCUCCUUGACACCUGUAUGCAUCGGCCAGAUAUGCCGCACCGCCGAUUUCGGCAAGUACUACUCCACAGCAUACCUCCUGAAUGCUGUUGUAACGCUACCGGUUCUCCCCGUAGGCGGCGCCAUCAUCGGUAAUGGUAGCAUUGAAAACUACAAUAAAUUCAUCAUUUUCGCUUCCGCGAUGAUGCUACUCGGUGCCGUAUGCUAUAUCAUUUCGCGAACUUACUGCGUGGGCCUGCGCUGGUACAAAUUCUGA